UUGUCCUUUUAAAAAUAUCGCAUAAAUGUUCUCUCCAGGUGAAGUGUUUUGUCUGUUGUUGGUCGCGAUCUUGUGGGGAGGAACAAACCCUUUCCUGAAAAAAGGCUCACAGGGCAUUGAAGGAGUUCAGAGGGACAACAAACUCCUCCAGUUUUUGGCCGAGAUCAAAUUCCUUUUUCUUAAUCUCAAGUAUCUGGUGCCAUUCUUGUUAAACCAAAGUGGAUCAGUAGUUUUCUAUUUCACUCUCGCUUCUACAGAUCUAUCUCUGGCUGUUCCCAUGGUGAAUUCACUCACAUUUCUGUUCACAUUACUAAUGGGUAAAUUGCUUGGAGAAGAGUUUGGAGGAAAGGGAGCUCUGCUGGGAAUGUUACUCAUCAUGUCUGGAGUGACUGUGUGCAUCCUGAGUUCUGUCUCUGAGACGGACGGCACAGGGCUCCGUAACACAAGUGACCUGUAAAACAUGCCACUGGACUGGAAAGUGAAUGAGGAGAUCGCUCAGCUCCAGCCAUGUUGUCAAACAUAUUCACCUCAUUGAAAACUGACACAAUAUCUGUGCUGCUUCUUUUUCUGUAUAUACCAUGAACCUUUACCAGGAGAAAACG